CACCCGCCAAACCGCGUAACUAAAAUGUAGCAAUGCGGAAAACGCUGAAGUCGCUGGGCUUUCUGUAGUGAGUCAGUCACCCAAACAACAUGUACUGACUUUAUGUCGCUUCCAAUCGACUGAUAAGGUCCCAUGAAUCGAUAGGAAGUGCAUUUGACAGACUGUCAGUAUGGCAGAGGGCUUUUUGAUGGAAGUGUGUGUGGACUCCGUGGAGUCUGCUGUCAAUGCUGAGCGAGGAGGUGCUGGUCGACUUGAGCUGUGCUCCAGUCUUCUGGAGGGAGGGCUCACUCCCAGUCUGGGUCUCCUGCAGAUAGUCAAGCGAUAUGUCAAAAUUCCAGUCUAUGUGAUGAUACGUCCUCGUGGGGGGGACUUCCUGUACUCAGAUCAGGAGGUGGAGGUGAUGAGGAAAGACAUAGAGCUGAUGAAGAGCCACGGGGCUGAUGGACUAGUGCUGGGAGCCCUGACAGAGGAUGGACGAGUGGACACGGAGCUCUGCAUGGAGUUACUAGCUGCUGCUCGUCCUUUGCCUGUCACUUUCCACCGAGCUUUUGACAUGGUUCAUGACCCAGCGGUUGCUCUGGAGACUUUGGUAUCAUUAGGGUUCCAGCGCGUGUUGACAAGUGGCUGUGACAGCUCUGCUUUGGAAGGACUCCCCCUCAUUAAACGGAUCAUUGAUCAAGCUAAAGGGAGAAUUAUCAUAAUGCCAGGAGGGGGCAUCACAGAGAGGAACCUGCAGAGAAUCUUAGAGGGAUCGGGUGCUCAAGAGUUUCACUGCUCAGCCCGUUCCAGUAAGGAAUCUGCAAUGAAGUUCAGGAACACCUGUGUGACGAUGGGAGCUGCUUUCUCAGCACCUGAGUAUGGCCUAAAGGUGGCAGAUGUGCGCAAAGUUCGCACUCUCAAUGCAAUUGCCAGAAAUACCUUGUGAAUGGGUACUGCACAAUCAUGACAGACAGCAAAACAGAUACCUCAAGAGUGAUCAUGAGUAAUUAUACUGAUAAGUCAUCAUUUAUUUUCUGUAAGUCCCAGAAAAAGAAGACAUUUCAGAAUUGCUUUUCCCUCCUUUUUUUUAAUCACUGACCGUCCUUGUAAAGUUAGAGCUCAGGGACAGCCCCGCAGCCUUCUGGGAAAUGCAAUCUCUUUAAGUAUCUCACAGUGCAGAGAGCUGUAGAUAAUUUGUACAAUUUUAAACCUGUAUGUGGCCUCAGAGAUCAUAUAACGAAAUAUACAGUAGAUUGUUAAAUUAGAAAUGGCCGUGUUCCUAAAACUAAAGAAAAGCACUAUCUGUGCUUCUGCUGUUUUCAUAACAGUAUGUUUUCCAUUUGUGAUAUUGUUGACCUAUAUUUAUUUACGGCACUCCCUAUUUACAAUGGAAGAUAAUGCAAAGAUGUGACCUCCUGUACUUUACAAGGACAGAAACAUUAUGACUUGAUUCAGUUUGCUCAUAAUGUAAUAAAAAUCAGGAAAUUUCAAAGUUCA